AUGCUUUUGCUUCCCCAUUGCGCUUCGCUCUCUCAUGAUGGGCUGAUUUUGCUUAAAAUCCGAAAGGUAGAUUGGAGGGACACCAGUAAUGCUCUGAGCAACUGGAAUGAGUCUCACCAAAAUCCAUGCGCUUGGAAUGGAAUCUCUUGUGAUGCAUUCAACACCGUUACCAGUGUUGAUAUCAUCGAUGCGCUGAUUUCUGGCAACUUGACUUCUGCUAUAUGCACCCUACCCAAUCUCACGGCCUUGACUCUCCAGGGCAAUGCUUUCAGCGGUCCCUUCCCCAAUGCCCUCUUGCAUUACAAACGUUUGCGAAAGCUCGAUUUGUCGAGCAACCAUUUCGCUGGAAUGUUCCCAGCUCAUAUCUUCCAAUUGAGUGAGUUGAGAAUCUUGAACUUAGCACAUAAUGCUUUCAGCGGCUCCGUUCCUCUAGCUUUCGGAACGCUGCCAAAGCUAGAAGCUCUCUUCCUCCACGAAAAUAGUUUGAGUGGGACAUUCCCCAUGUUCAUCGGGAAUUUGGAGUCUCUAACGAACUUCGCGAUUGGCCGCAAUCCUCUGCUUCCUGGUCUAAUUCCGAGAGAGCUUGGCAAUUUAAAACAGCUGCAGGUGUUAAGCCUAGCUGGAGGACCUGGAUGUGUCGCAGAAUCAUCUCUCGGGCAAAAUUCCGACCAGUUUAAUGGCUCUCUCAAAUUUGAGAACACUGUAUAUCUCUCACAACAACUUGUCAUUCCGUGGAACAUUGGCCAGCUGACGAGCUUAUCCGAAAUGGAUUGUGGCCACAAUCAGCUUCAGGGCACAAUUCCCACUGCAAUCGGCAAUUUGCCCCAGAGUUUGGGUACAUACUCCGAUUUCAUUGUCUCUGAUGCGUCAGAAAAUGGAUUGGGAGGCCCUCUGCCAAGGAAUCUGUUCAUGGGAGGAGUAUUGUAUGGCUUCGCAACUACUUCAAACAACUACAACGGUACCCUGCCUCCGUUCUUUGAAAAUUGCACAUCUCUACAAUAUCUCUACAUCGACAACAACCAGCUGAGCGGUGAGAUUCCAGAGGGGCUAUGGGGUGCUGUCAAACUCAAGGGAUUGUUUUUAAACAACAAUAAGUUUGAAGGCAAGAUUUCGGCUGCAAUUGCCCAAGCGAAGAAUGUGAGGCGAUUGAAGAUAAGCAACAACCGGUUCAAAGGAAGCAUUCCUCCAGAAGUUGGUCAGCUGACAAAACUUCAAGUAUUUGAAGCUAGCAACAACCGCUUGUUAGGGCCCAUUCCGCAUGAGCUCACGAGCUUAAGUUUGGUCAAUAUUCUCCUUCUGGACCAUAAUUUUCUCUCAGAAGAAAUUCCCGAGGAAAUUAUGUCGCUGGAGAAUCUUAAUCAGCUCAAUUUGGGUUACAAUAAACUUACAGUCAAAACCCCUCGAUUUUUCAGCAACAUAUAUAGUCUUGAUCUGCCAACCAAUUUGCUCUCUGGUAGUGUUCCUCUCGAAAUGGGACGACUGAAUCUAAAUAUUUUCAAUGUAUCCAACAAUCACUUGUCUGGACACAUUCCUGAUGUUUUAGACAUUCCCGUUUACAAGGAGAGCUUUCUGGGCAACCCAAUGCUAUGCGGAGGACGGAACCUCACGCUACCUUCGUGUUUCUCUACACGUAAGCUGUCGCCUCAGAGGUUAGCUAUCAUUCUGGUGCCUUCUUUAAGUAUACUAGCAAUAGCUUUGUACUCCAUUUGUCUGCAUCGUUCGUGUGUGAGGAAGCAAAGUGACGCACCAUUGUGGAAAAUGACGACAUUGAAUUCGACAGCGUAA